AUGGGAUCCCUUCUUCAAGUUGGGUUCGGGUUUACAAGCCUGGUCUUUUUUCUUCAAUUGGUCCUCGCUCGUUCCCUCCCUUUAACACCGCCUGUUUGGGACCGAUCGGCACCGAUUUAUCCUAGUGACGACCCCUUCUACUUCCCACCUGACGGUUAUGAGAGUUCGGCUCCUGGGACGAUUCUGCGGUCAAGGACUGUUCCUAACUCUCUAUCACUUUUCACCGUUCUUCCCAUCAACAUCCAAGGCGCAUACCAGCUUCUUUACCGGACUACAGACAGUCUAGGAAAUGCUCAAGCGUCAGUCACCACUGUCAUUGUCCCACAUAAUGCAGAUACAAGAAAGCUGCUAUCCUACCAAUUUGCUGAGGAUGCCUCCUGGGUAAACUGCGCUCCUUCAUACGCACUCCAGAACGGUGCCGAAUUUUUAAAUACCGGUAGUAGCGUCGCUGAGGUUCUCCUCGUCAUUGCUGCUCUGGAUCAGGGAUGGAUUGUCAAUACGCCUGACUACGAAGGUCCUCAAGCCGCAUUCACGUCCGGCAUCCAAGCCGGUCAAGCGACUCUCGACUCUGUGCGCGCGGCCCUUGCCUCUGGUGAUAUAACUGGGGUUUCAUCCUCAGCUACAUACCAAAUGUGGGGAUACUCUGGCGGCUCCCUUGCUUCGGAAUGGGCAGCAGAACUGCAACCCAGCUAUGCUCCCGAGCUUAAUUUCGCCGGCGUCGCUCUAAAUAGCCUGGUUCCAAACAUCUCAUCGGUCUUAAGAACCAUUAAUAAAGGCCCAUUCGCUGGCUUUGCCCCCGCUGGCAUUCUUGGCCUUGCUUCAGCCUACCCCGAUCUCGCUGUCCUACUCAACGAUAGCCUCAUCCCAUCUAAAGCAGACAACUUUAAUAGGGCCAAAACUCAGUGUUUGGAUAAGGGUAUACUUGACUAUGCUGGCGACGAUAUAUUUUCUUAUUUUAAGGAUGGAGAUGCUUUCUUGUCAAGCUCUAUCCCUCAAGCGAUCCUCGCUGAAACUGGCUUAAUGGGAACGCACGGAACCCCUCAAAUGCCCAUGUUCAUUGUUAAAGCCAUCGCGGACGAAGUUUCUGUGGUUGCUGACACCGAUGCCCUGGUGAAGAAGCUCUGCUCACAGGGAGCACAAAUCGAAUAUGUCAGGGAUGGACUUGGGGAACAUGUCACCGAGCUUAUCACCGGAGCAGGAAAUGUCAACUUCACCGUAUCCUUCUUCCCCACUCCCGAAGAAGCGAUCUGUAAACAAGACAACAUCGCCAACGCCAUCUCCUUAACCACCAGCACCAUCCCAACAGGUUACGUCUGCUUCAACCUCACAGACGUCUUCACCCAGCCUUCAGACAACGGCUCCCAAGACGUCUCGAAAAUCCUCGACGACGCACCUACCCAGGGAGUCGACUACUUAUUAAGCAACCGCGCCUCCUACAAUGCCAACACCAACUACACAAACAUUUGGUACCAGCAAGUCAACCAAACCGGCGACAUCAAGCACGACGCAGACGGUACAUGGGUCCUCUACAUCUACGCCUUCGAAGACUGUAUCCAAAACCGCGACGACGCCUUUGCUCCCAAAGACUUCCCCUGGUUCGAGACAAGCUGCCAGACGAAGGAAGGGGGAGAGUGCCAGCAGCUACCUCAGCCGGUGAAGAGCCUCGCGAUCGGCCCGGCUGCCAAAUACAAUGCCGGCCACGGGAAAUGCGAGGUCUGGGCUAAAUUUGGAGGGACUGGGACAUUAAACCGUCGAGGUUCAGCGCUGCUUGUUGUUGCUGUUACUAUGGCGGGUUUCGUUAUGCUGUAA